GCCGGAGGAAGAAGCGAGCGUAGGCGGGAACUCAGUUUGGGUUGUAGAGUUAAAGGGUGUGUACUUCACCACAGAUUUCACUCGACAUUUACCUUUCUGUACAGGCUUCAGGUGUUCUGGUUGACAUGGAGCUUCAUGCUCAGAUUCGCUAUACUACAAGAUGAAUCUGGAUUCUUUAUAGACACACCACAGAAGUGCUGCGAGCAAGUAAUGAACGUGUGAAGCAUUACUUCAGCGUCUAAACCACCAGACACGAAGAAGAGGGAUAUUCCCUUUUAGUGAAGGUAUUUGAGCUUGUCAAGGAGGUGUGUGUUACUGAGGCGUGAAGAUGCUGCAGCAGAUAUUGGCUGACAUGUACAUCGAGCCGGAACUGCUGGCCGAACUGAAUGAGGAACAGAAGCAGAUUCUGUUCUUUAAGAUGAGAGAGGAGCAGAUCCGGAAAUGGAGAGAAAGAGAGACGCGGAUGGAGAAAGAGGAAGCUGCACGCGUUAAAGUCAAAAAAGUUUCAGGAAAGAUGGUGUCGUGGAUGAAGGGUCUGGAUGACGAUGUGUGGGUUUGGGUGAUGGGAGAGCAUCAUGAUGACAAACCCUACAAUCAAAUCUGUGAUGAGAUCAUGGCCCAGAGAGCAGCCCUGCAGGCCCAGAGAGAGGCAGAGAAACUCAGGGCUAAGAAAGAGGCAGAGCUGGAGAAGCGCUUUUCUGGCCUGUAUCUCGAACCAGAGAAGGUGGUUUUGUCAGAGCAGGAGGUUCAGCAGAAGGAGCAGAGGAGAGCGGAGAUGGAGCUCAAGAAACUGGAGAUGGAGGAGAGGCGUAAGGCUGAGGAGGAGCUGAGGAGGCUGGAGCAGGAGAGAAAGCAGCAGAUCUACAUCAGCCUGAAGGAGGUGCAGGGCAGUAAACACACUCGUGAGGAGGAGGACAAGGAGUGGCUGAAGACAUUGCAGAAGUCAAAAGCUGCAGACGUGCGCAGACAAUCCCUGGCCAAGCAAACUAUCGAGGACCACCGCAGGCGCUCACUCAAAGCUCUGGAAAGAGGACGCGUCGCGGCCAUGACAAAAGCCUUCGGCAGCACAAACCCAAACCCUCCACCCAAACCCAAACCCAGAAACACCGCAAACAACAGCGGCGCUAUCAGCCGGAAGGGUGGCAUGCAGCGCUCAAUGUCAGCAUCUAGUCGAGAUCACAUUAUUCGCUGGUUCAAGGAGGAACAGCUGCCGCUCAGAGCUGGAUUCCAGCGUGACCAGAGCCGGAUCGCACCCUGGUUUCACGGUAUAAUAUCCCGCGAACAGGCCGAGGCGCUGCUGGCCGAGGGCAAGCCUGGGUUCUUCCUGGUGCGCGUCAGUGAGAGGAUCUUUGGAUAUGUGCUCUCCUACCAAUCCGGGGAGGGAACUAAGCACCUGCUGAUUGAUGCUUCAGAGAACUGUUACAUGCUGCUGGGAGACCAGAUCAGAUUUGGCUCGCUCACUGAACUGGUGGAGUAUCAUGAGGUGGAGCCGCUGAGCUCAUCUGGAGUGGAGGAGUAUCUGCGGAGCGCGUGCGGACAGAUUGCGGCCACAGCCGAUUACGCAGAUCUCUUCACCUGAACACAAUAAACACGAGAGUGGAGAACCUGUGGCUUCACACCAUCAUCAGCUCUUCAAACGCAAUAACAUUAAUAACCGCUGCCAGUCAGCAGGUGCGUUUAUAAGCGUCGUCGCACUUUAGACGUACCCAUAUGAAGUUGAAAUCAAACAUUAAACUGCAUUUUUCCAUUUCAAAACAUGAGAUCGUUCCUUUGCGUGCCAGAGCAGAUGAGAUUAAGAGAAAAGUAUAUUUUUUAUAAAACAGUACUUUUUUAAUUUCAGAAACUGACGUGAAUCUUUUUAUUCUAUAUGCCAACUAACUGGUCAGCUUAACACAAACCAGAUGUCACAGAUGUUACCAGAAAUGACGUAAAGUAUGAAAGCGAUGUACAAAACAAAUAUUGCAAGUUUUUAUUCUUUUUAAUUACAGCACGUUUGAAACCAUGUAGUUUUGUUCUUCUGACACUUUAUAAUAAAAGUGCUUGGCUGUGA